CGCCCUUCUCCCCCGCCCUCCCCCCCUGGCUGUCGGCUGGUGCAAGUGCCCCCUCUAUCCCCUGCCAGCACAUCCACUUGGGGAGACACUCCACGCCCUCAUAUGAGCCUCAGCACGCCUGCCAGCCCCACCGGGUUGACAAUGCCCAUGCUGCCGUUGAUCGAACGGAGCUCCUCCUCGGCCAGCGCUCGCAGCCUCGGGGGCACAUCGGACGGCAGCAGCCUCGGGUUCGGCAUGCCGACCCUCUCGCCGGCGCCGGCGCCGGCACCCCGGUCGGGCCCGAUGCCCGGGCGUCUGACCAUCAACACCGGCACCUUCGACGCGGCGCCCGUGGCCGGCCUGCCCCUCAGCCUGACCGGGCCGCUGAAGCCCAGCCACUGCAACUUCGAGGUCCUGGUCCGGGUGUCAGUCGGCCCGGACUCCGACGCCUUCGGCGAGGCCGCCAUGCGUGACUUCGAUGAAUACUGCACCGCCUCCUUCUGCUCGGAGAUCCCCCUCUUCUAUCGCCGGGUCAUCCGCUACCAACAGUGGCAUCCCCAACUGACGCUGGGCGACCGCAUCCGCAUCCCCUACGUCAUUUACAGCAACUUCAUCGUCAGCAAUGCACCCAAUGAGAUCAACCUCGAUCAUCGGUGCCGGCAGCAGAUCAUCGACUGCCUGGCUCCGCAUGCGGCACACAUUGACCGCCUGGCCGAGCUGAUCGAGGCGGACGCCGCGCCGGUGCCGCCACCGUCGGACGUCUUCGACUCGGCCCUCAAGGAGAUCGUCCUGCAGCUGGAUUGCCUCGUGCGCACUUGGGCCCUCACUCGCGUGGGGGAUGUCCGCAUGCGGACCUGCCUCUACCGGCUCCGGAACCGGGCCGAGUCCUCCUCAUCGUCGGCGUCUUCGCCCUCGUCGCCAUUGGCGGAGCUCUGCCGCCGGGGGGCCAUCAGCGGCGGCAGCUUGGCCUUCCGCGGUCGGAAUGGGGCCGCGGCGGCGGCAGCGGCCGUGGCGACGGCGGCGGCCCUCACGACGACCGCCUCCACUGCCGAGGCCGGGGCCGCCGGUGUCGAGGAGCAGUCCGCCGCCCAGCAGGCCCCACUCCUGGCACCAUCGGCCGAGCAGGCGGAUGGCGGCGGCACCGAGUGUCAGUUGCGCCCGGCCCCCCGACCGGCCGGAGUCGGCCGGCCCACUCGACGCCCCCUGUCCCAGCACGCCGGCCUGGCCAGCCUGGCCGCGGCCGAUGGCCUGAACCACCAUCGUUCCGGCUAUGAAGCCACCAUGCUCCGGACGCCGGUCACGCCGGAGCCCGCCGCGGCCGAGGCUCUCCUGGCGGGCGCCGGUGCUCCCGGUGGUGGGCGCUUGUGCGCCACUCCGCCCCCCACCCCGCCGAAUGUGCCCCCUGGGGCCGGGUCUGGCCGUAGGUCGGCCAGCUCCGGGCCCGGUGCCAGCACCGCCACCGGCACCCAUGGUGGCCCCCACGGCCCGGAGGGGAGUGGCUCGGCCGGGGGUCUGCCCGCUUCGGCCGGGGCCCUGCCUCCUCCCUCCUCCUCCUCCUCCUCCUCCUCCUCCUCCUCCUUCAUGGGCACCAGCGGCACCGGGUCCCACACCGCGGAUGGCGGCCCGACUGGCAGUACCUCUCCCAUGCUGGCCGGUGUCUUCUCCCCGUCGCAUCACAAGCGCAGCGCCUCCAUCCAGGCCUCCAGCGGGUCGCUCCUGCGGCCGGGCAGCGGCGGCUCAUCGCAGCUGGGCAGUGCCGCCAGCGCCGAGGCCCUCAUCACCCCCUCCAACAGCGAGUCCUUCUACCCCUCGCCCGGCCAUGGGGGGGGCUAUCCCUUGAGUCCGGCCACCUCGAGCGCCUCGCUGCUGUCGCUGAGCGGCGGCAGCACCCAAACCAUCAGCAGCAUCUCCAGCGUCGGGUCGCACUCCUCCUCGGCCGAGUCCCUGGGGGGGCUGCUGCUGUUGCCGUCACCGCUGCCACCAUCCUCGUCGUCGUUGUCAUCGUCGUCAUCGUCGUCAUCGGCGGCGCCGACGACGACGGCCGGGGGGGCCGGGGCCUUUUCAUCGUCCACGCCUCCGCCCUCGCUCGGGCCCGAGGCCAAGGCCGGGCGCGAGUCGGACCGCCGGUCCGGCGGCGUCAGCGCUCUGGCCCGGUCGGCCCGCAGCUCGGUCAGCUCGCUUUUUUCGCUGGAAUCCUCUCGUCGGGGCCGGCCGCGGUCAUCCUCCUCAGCGGCGUCCCUCUCGUCGAUGGGCAUCCGCCCGGGGGGGAGGUCGGCCGUGGGGGCCGGCUCCAGCGCCACCAGCCUCGGGGGGACCCCGGGCCCGGGCAUGGCGACGCACCAUGGUACCCUCAGCAGCCAGUCGCUCGGGGGCGUGCCCUGCCACGGCGCCCCGCGCAGCCCCGCCGGCAGUGACGCCCUGCCCUAUUGGGCCCUUGCCGGUCCCGGCGGCGGCGGCGGCGGCUACUGUGUCGAGGGCCUCGGCAGCACGGUCUCCAGCCUGUCCAUCGACACCAGCUUCCCCUCCUCGCCUCUGGCCACGGCUAUCGACUACGCCGAGGGGCUCGAGGACAAUGGGGACGGCGAUGCCGAUGACGACGACGAUGAGGAUUUCUCCACGCCCACCGGCACCCAGUGGCGUGCGCCGACCCCCUACCCGGGUGACAGCCCGGAGGACGUUGCUCUUGGGGCCGGGCCCCCGAGGUCGCCACUCACCGCCGGCAGCGGGGGCCCGCCCUUCCCGGCGCUUCGCCGGGCCUCCGGACCGGUCCCCUCCUCGCCCCUGUCCGCGACUUGCUACUACCCCCCCGGCGGCGACAAGCUGUCGGUGGGGAGCAUGGUCCUCGGUGGCGGUGCCACCGGGGCCGCCCUUGCCAUGGCCACCGGCAAGGGUGUCGCCGCCCCCGGCCCCGGCAGCAGCGAGGACGACGACUCCGGCGAUGAUACGACCCUCAUGAUGCGGUCUCUCUCGGACACGGACAACCCGAGCGACGAGCUCAGCCUGAUCGAGGCCCUGAACUCCCUUUUCUGA